AUGGUUAUUUGGUAUUUAGCCGAAGAGAAUGUAAAGAAGUUGGUGAGCCAAAGCUUUGUUGAACAACUCUUCCCGCUGCUACGGAGUGAUGAUGCUGUUUUGAGACGAAAUACCACUAUGGUGUUUGGAAUCCUUUCAGGUUACUUUUUGUGUAGGGCGCAGCUGCGGAAGAUAACGAAUCAUUUCCCUGUCUUGCUCAAGUUGUUGCAAGAUGAUUUGAAUACUACGAAAGAAUUUGCAUUGAUGACAAUCAAAAAUAUGUGUCAGGAUUACAUAAGCAUUCAUGACGUGCUUGAACGUAGAGGCUUACCACUUUUGAUUGAUUGCUUGCGAGUAUCUGAUCCCGACGUACAAAAGAAUGCGAUCGAUGCGCUCUAUCUUAUCAUGCAGGAUUUUGAAGCACGUCCAGUAUUGAAAUCAGCGAACGGUCUUGCGCCAAUAGUGGAUCUUCUUGACUCCGAGUAUCCAGUGAUUCAAGAGUCCGGUCUUAGGACUCUAAUAAGUGCUACCCAUGAUGCCUCUGUUCGCAGUGCCCUGCUCGACACAAGCGUGUUGGACAAGUUUGUGAAAAUCGUUGGCAACCCAGAACUGUACGAUUUGCACGUUUCGGCUCUUGGAUUAAUAGCGAACAUGUUGGAAGAUCCGGAAUGUGCCAAGGUUCUUAUCAACACUGGUAGACUGCAGCUUUUGUUGCAUUAUGUAACGGAUAAAACGGUAUAUAAAGAUUCAGAGCUCACAGAGCUGUCUGAAAGUCAAAUUACCAAAGAAAAGCCCACGAAAGGGAAGAAACAGGCAGCCAAAGGUAGCCCUCGAAAGCACAAGGGUGAGAUACUUGCCGAAGCAGAAAAGGACAAAACUGUAACAAGUAUCACUCCGGAGGCCAAGAUACACGCAUGCCAGGCCAUGAUGCGAGCAGCACACAGAGAUGACGUAAGAAAAAUUCUGCACGAUGCGGACGUUGAGAGAAUGUUAGUCGCACUACUAUCACACGAGGACGAAGGAGUGCGUUCUGCGGCGGCAAAUGCGAUUUCUGCAAUGGCUGAGAGCUUCACCUGCCAAGAACGGUUUUUCGAACUAGGGGCUGUGGAACUACUGAUACGACUUGCGAGGGGCGAACACCGAAUACCGAAAUCUGCAGGAGUGACUGCAUUAGCGGCGCUGACUAAAGGCAAUUCAGUGAUCUGCCGUGAAGUGGCCAGUCGGAAUUCUGGCCUAGAAGCCUUGGUAACAUGUUUACAACCCCGUGAACCGGAAAUCGACACAAUCACUGUGGGAGGUUUGGUAGCCCUCACAAAUAUCGCACUGGAUGAAACAACGAAAGCCAAGGUGGCUCAAGUCGUUUUGGGCAAACCCCUAGCAUUUGUGUUGAAAUCCAGUUCGCAAAAUACAUUAACGAAUGCCGCGAUGGCAAUCGCUGCAGUAGCCUAUGAUCAAAACACCGUACACCAAUUCGUGAAGCAUGGGGGUUUGGAUAAUCUUCUGAACUUGCUGGACUCGCAGUCGAACGAGGUGCGCCGGGCAGUAUGUUGGGCCAUUUAUGUCCUUAGUGCCGAAAAGUCCAUCGCCAAGGAAAUCGCCAACCUUGGGUAA